AAUAUUGACAAGUUUCACCGACUCUUCUAUCACCAAAUUUGCUUCCUCCCUUGAAAAAUAAAAUCCCCCAAAACCCAAAACCCCCUACUCGCCUUUUGAACCCAAUUCGAAUUCCAUAACAUUGCCAACUCAGACAUGGCCAGUGCUCCUCCACAACCCCCACCGGAGCCAAUCACAAUCGACGGCUCAUCUAUCGAUGCCGCUCUCUCGUUAUCAUCUCACCUAUCUCACGAGGAACUCAUGGCUCGCCGAUCUCGCCGAGUCAAACAACUCGCUAAGAUCUACAGAGCUCACUACUGGGCAUUAAUGGAAGAGCUGAAAUCGAAGUACAAAGAGUACUAUUGGAAGUAUGGGAAAAGCCCGUUUAAAGAAGAUGAUAAAAAGAGAAAGAGAGAUUUGAUUGAUAAUAAAGAUACUUCUUUUAAUGGAGCUAGUGAAUUAAAUGGGAAAUUAGGGUUCCAAGAAGAUGGUGAGGAUGAAGGGAUUAGGAAGUGCUCGGUUGCUGGGUGUAAGGCCACACCAAUGGCUUUAACAAAGUUCUGUCAGCCUCAUAUUCUUCUAGAUCCUAAACAGAAGCUUUAUAAAGGCUGCACCUUUGUCAUUAAAAGUGCUCCGGCAAGGCAUCUUCUCUGUGGGAAGCCAAUACUGAGAUCGACUGUCCCUGCUCUCUGUCCAACUCAUUUUCAAAAGGCUGAAAUAUAUGCAGCACGAGCCUUGAGAAAGGCAGGGCUUAAUGUCUCCUCACCGAGUAAGGUUGCUCCUAAGUUUCAUGUGAUAGUCAGAGAAUUUGUCCGCCAAAUCCAGACCAAAAGAAGAGCUGCACAUAAAGAAAAUGCUGCUAAAGUUCAGACGAACGAGGAGAAAACUUCCUGAGGUUCUGGAUUGUUCUUCAGAAUCUUGAUGGAAUGUAUAUUUGCUGUUGAUGGAGCUCACAAAUUUAGUGGUGUCCUGCUGGGAAGACCUUUGGACUUUGGAUUUAUGCCUUGGGAGUGGCAUUAAUUUGUGCAUACUUAAGGCAGAGAAUUCUCAAAGGAGCCCAAUCGAUCGAGCUGGCCUGCAUCUUGAACAGGUUCGAGAUGUACAUAAUACGGAGUUUUGCAAUGGCAGAUUCAGGUUUAUGCAUCAAAAUGUGGAUCCUGCAAUCUUUGCGGGGGGGAACAUCUACUGGUGCAAUCAAAGAGAAUGGAAGAAGUCAGUUUAUCUGGGGCAACUGGGACAAACAGUAAUGAAGAUUUUUGGCUGGACUUUGAAGAACCGAGCCAGCCACUAGUAUGAUAUAGGGACUUUACAUGAAUGGUGUGCUAUGUAACGGUGGUCAUUGUUCAUGUUCCAGUUCCAAUAAAAAAGUCGGUGUUCUCCAUGUAGCCCUUAAUUAUAUAUUCUGUAAUUACAUGAUAAUUUCUAAUUGGAACUGAAAUUGUUUGUCAGGGCAGAAUCACCCUGACUCCCA